AUGGAAAGGGAACAGGAGCCCGUAGUGUCGGGCAGAGUGAUAGUCCUCCACAACAGGAGGGCAAGAAGGAAGAAGAGGUCCUCAGGUGAGGACUUAUUGCGGUGGAAGGAGGUGCUCUUUGGAUUGGGCAAACAAAGCGAUGGGAUCAUCAGUGUUCCUAUUGAAUGUAGCAGAUGUUCUACAGCCCUGGAAGAGGGCGAAGAUAUGGUAGAAAAACGAAGACCCGCAAGAGGGUGA